AUGGGUCCUACGCCUCCCGGUAUCAUCUCCGGAGGCUGUGGACCCAAGUCUCUGCUGGAUGGUGCGGCUCAGAAUUUGGACCUUUUUGGCUAUAGGGAACUAUUGACAUUCAGGGAUGUCACCAUAGAAUUUACUCCAGAAGAGUGGGAAUGCUUGGACACUGCUCAACGGAAAUUGUAUAGGGAUGUGAUGUUAGAGAACUACAGAAACCUGGUCUUUGUGGCACCACCUAUCAAGGGAAACAAUAAGCAGUCUCUUGAAAGCCCCAGAGAAAACCAGGACUUUGGAUAUAUGUUUGGAUUAUGUGUUCAACCAAAUGUUUCUGAAGAGAAGAGAUUUAAAAUUGAAGAAUAUAUUUAUGAAUGUCAUCAAUUUGAUGAGUCCUUCAUUAAAACUUUGUUAUUCUUUCACCAACCAACAUUACCUUCACAUGCCAAAAUCCAUGACUGGGAUCAAUAUGAGAAAGAAUGUCAGAGAACUCACACUGGAGAGAAACCCUAUGAAAAUGAAGACUGCGGUAAAGCCUUUAAAUGGGACUCCACACAUACAAAACAUCGAAUAAUUCAUACUGGAGAGAAAACGUACAAAUGUGAAGAAUGUGGCAAAGCCUUUAACCGGUGCUCAAACCUUAUACAACAUCAGAAAAUUCACACUGGAGAGAAACCCUACAAAUGUGAGGAAUGUGGUAAAGACUUUAAAUGGGUCUCAAAACUUAGAAAACAUCAGAGAAUUCAUACUGAAGAGAAACCCUACAAAUGUAAAGAAUGUGGCAAAGCCUUUAACCGUUGCUCAAAACUCACACAACAUAAGAGAAUUCACACUGGAGAGAAACCUUACAAAUGUGAGGAAUGUGGUAACACUUAUAAGUGGGCCUCAACAUUUAGAAUACAUAAGAGAAUUCAUACUGGAGAGAAAACCUACAAAUGUGAAGAAUGUGGCAAAGCCUUUAACAGGUGUUCAAACCUUACACAACAUAAGAGAAUUCACACUGGAGAGAAACCUUGCAAAUGUAAGGAAUGUGGUAAAGUCUUUAAAUGUGCCUCAACACUGAGAAAACAUCACAGAAUUCACACUGGAGAGAAACUCUACAAAUGUGAAGAAUGCGGCAAAGCCUUUAACCAGUGCUCAAAACUCACACAACAUAAGAGAACUCAUACUGGAGAGAAACCUUACAAAUGUGAGGAAUGUGGUAAAGCCUAUAAAUGGGCCUCAACAUUUAGAGUACAUCAGAGAAUUCAUACUGGAGAGAAACCCUACAAAUGUGAAGAAUGUGGCAAAGCCUUUAACCGGUGUUCAAACCUUACACAACAUAAGAGAAUUCACACUGGAGAGAAAUCAUACAAAUGUGAAGAAUGUGGCAAAGCCUUUAACCAGUGCUCAAAACUUACACAACAUAAGAGAAUUCACACUGGAGAGAAACCCUACAAAUGUGAAGAAUGUGGCAAAGUCUUUAACCAGUGCUCAAUUCUUAUACGACAUCAGAGAAUUCACUCUGGAGGGAAACCCUACAAAUGUGAAGAAUGUGGCAAAGCCUUUAAAUGGUGCUCAUCUCUUAAACAACAUCAGAUAAUUCAUUCUGGAGAGAAACCCUACUAA